UAUCACGCGACCAUCCCUAACCCCGCAUAAGCUAAAAAAAAAAAAAAACAUUCUAUUCUUUCCUGCAAAAAAGGUAUAAUUUGGUAAUUUACUAUCUUAAAACGGGUGUAAAAUGAGUUCGGCUCGUUUUGCGCGUUCCGGGCGCGUCCGCAUCUGCAUCCUGAUGAGCAUGUUCAUCGUGCUCAUCAUGAUGAUUGUGAUCUACCAAAUGUCGCAGCACCAAUUGGACGAGAGCCGCGCCUUCCAAGAGGGUCUCAGUGUCCAGAUGCAAUCUCUCAAUGCCGAGAAACUGACCGCCGAGAAGAGGAUGAGCCUGCUGCGCACGGAGAAGAUGAGCCUGCAGGAGAAGUACGAGGGUCAGCUGGCGGAGGCUGUGCAAAAGCAGCAGGAAACGGAACGCUCCCUCCAGGAGAAGUUCGACGCCCAGGUGGAGAAGUACAAGGUGCUGGAGCAGAAGUACUCCGACCUGGAGGCCGAGUGCCUCCAGAGCAAGAAGAAACACAUCGAGGAUACGAACGCAUUCGACCAGAAACUGCAGAAAGUGCUAGCCGAUUUGCACAAGGACAAGGCCAGCAAGGAGCACGAGGUGGCUGCCUGGAAGGAAAAACUGGACAAGCAGCAGCGCGAGGGAGAGCACAAGAUCCACGCGCUGGAGGCCACAGUUGCGGAAUUCAGGACCAACUGCAACUAUGUGCCCAAGGUUCAGCCCGCCGAGGCCCCGGCCCAUGGCCACCAGCAGCAGCAGCAGCUGAACAAGCCCGCCGACCAGAUGCCCACCACACGCCACUCCAAUGCCGCCCAGCUGGCGCACAGCAUUGAAAAGCCACGCAACGAGAAGUCUUUCGAUGCCCAAGUGCAAGUGAGUGAAGGCCUCUACAGGAUCGGCGGCGGGGUAAAUCUGCUAGCGACUAACCAAACAACCGCAGCUACUAACAACUCCACACUCAAGAGCAAUGGUGACGGAAUCCAGGAGCAGCUGCCUCUCCUGCCCUUCGCCGUGCGCAACAACCACAGCCUCAUACUAAACUCUGUUGAAAACUUUCAGAUUGUGCCCAAAUCGCUCAAUGAGAAGCAGCAGCAGCAGCAGGAGGAGCCUCAGCUGUCCGGCGGAGCCGUUUCUCCGCUAAGCGCUCCCCGCAAGAGCAGCACACAGUCUGCUGAGGGCGGUGCGGCUGCCAAGAAAGCAGGCAAUGCUCCCAACGCUUCGGUGGCUCCAAAGGUGAGCAGCAGCAGCGGCCUUCCACCAGUCAAGCCGGACCGCAAACUGCCGGAAAACGUGGCUCCCAUUCCGGACAACUUUGAGGACAAGGCGGACACCAAAGGCGACGGUGUCGAUGUAGACACCGCUGCCGAGGAGCUGCCCAAGAACGAGAACAACAAUCGUUACGCCAACGCUGUAAACGAGCUGGAGAGCAACAAGAACCUGGGUGUGGCACCCAAACCCCUGGAGGAUUCGGGCGCCCACGAGGUCAAGGACGCGCUAAACGAGCCUAGCUUUAAUUUACCCGCUGCUGGUGGCGGCCAGAACUUCUUUGAUGGGGAGUUACCGGCUCCUGGUCCCGGGCCCGUGCCCGAUGAGCCGGCCAAGCAGAUGGCCGAGGCAGCCGGCGCAGGCGGAGGUGGCGAAGGUGACGACGACGACGAUGUGGGCGAUGUGGCCGUUAAGCAGCCGCAGCAUCUUCUCGAAUCAGACAAUCUAAACAACGAAAUUGUGGCUGAUCAGGGCAAGGAGUUUGCCGAAGGCAUCCAUCUGGAAGAUGCCAUGGAUGAAGAUCAAGAUGAGGACGACUAUUCCAAUGUGGCGGCGCGCAAGAAGGGCGGCGAGGUUAUUAGACAUUAAGUUACCGAAUUUUCUAUUAAUAUUGAGCGGCAUGUGUGCAAAAGGCUUAGAAAACCCUUUAUAUUAAAGCCGUGCUCAAGGAUCCAUAGAUUUUAGGGAUAUGAAGUUCUGCAAACCAAUCAAUGAAUUUGUAAGAUAAUUGGAGAUUAUAAAUCGAAAUCUAUCCUGGGUUGAGCACGCCCUAAGCUAUUUAGUUUAUAAGUAAAAUUAAUCGUCAUUUUGUUAAUAGCAAAUGAAAAAGAAAACACGAAAACUCGCAGGAAAUACAAUACUCUAAAAUGGAAAUGAGAUUGAAGGCAGCUCCAGUUUAAUGUUUCAACUGGAAUUUAUUUAAAAUUAAGACUGGUUCGGUUCAGCUUUCCGUUGCUAAAUCCUAAACCAUUUCAUUGCUAAUUUCGCCAAUCUCAAAAAUAUACUCUUGCGCUCUUCAUCUGCGUACAAUAUUUCCUUGUACUUGGUUUUCUGUGAUACAAAUAUCUCGCUUCACUGCAUUUGCCUGUGUUUUUUGUCGCUGCCUCGACAUUUUCCAUUGGCAUUCGAAUUCCGUCAACUCAUUUCGCUAGAGAAUAGGUAGCCACAUAAGAUAGGAAUGUACACUCGCCUAGCAUUCGAAAACACACACAAACUUUAUUGAUAAUAAUAAACUUAAAACAUAAAUGUUAA